AUGUCUUCAACGACCGUCACAGAAACUUCGCACCAAGCCGAGCCGGCUGAAGACCACACCGCAACGAUGUUGCGCGCCGCCGAGGCCAACCACACAAAGCCUUUGUGGCUGCAAAUGACCAAACUAAACCCCCCUCUGCCCAACCCACGGUGCACACCCCAUCUUUGGAAGUAUUCUGAAAUUCAACCCACUCUCUUGCAAGCGGGUCAGCUUGUUACCGAAAAGCAAGCUGAGCGUCGGGUGCUUAUGCUCGUCAACCCUUCCAGAGAUGCUCCAUUCACGACUGACACUCUUUACGCUGGGCUGCAACUGGUCAUGCCCAAUGAGACGGCACCAGCGCAUCGGCACACGGCUUUUGCUAUGCGCUUCAUCAUUGAGGGCAAUGGCGGCUUCACUGCCGUUCAUGGAAAGCGCAUCCAGAUGAACCGGGGAGAUGUAAUUUUGACCCCCACUUGGAAUUGGCAUGACCAUGGAAAGGAUGGGUCUGGCCCGAUGAUCUGGCUUGACGGCUUAGAUUUGCCCAACUUUACCCACUUCCCUGUUCAUUUCGUCGAGCAUUUCUCAUCUCCACGAUACCCAGCAGACAAUGUUGAUACAUCCCAGUCGCCCAUUGUCUUCCCAUGGAGUCGGAUGAAAGCAGCACUUGACGCCGAGGAAGGACAAUAUGCUACACAAAGUUAUCUCCGUGCAGAUGGAUCUGAAGUCAGCAAGGUUUUAGGUGGUCGUGCAGCCCGCUUGACCUCCGGUGCCAAGUCCUCUCUGGUUCAGGAGACCGCAUCAUCUGUUUAUCAUGUCGUCGAGGGAUCUGGGCGCUCUCGUAUCGGUGAUACAGAACUUGUUUGGAACAAGGGUGAUACCUUCUGCAUUCCAUCCUGGUAUCCUUACCAGCAUUUCGCGGACGAGGGUCUGAAGACAGAUGUAUACCUGUACCGUUUUGAUGACAUGCCUAUGCUGAAAAGUCUGGGAUUCUACCGCUCAGCUGACAUGGAUGUGGAACGUCUCGUGUCGAAGUGA